AGAAGAGAAACGUGCGGUUCAGUGCUUCGAGCUGCACGGGCCCCGAAGUGAGACGAAGGCACCGGCGUGCGUCCUCCGCGUUGUGCCAUCACGAUAUCAUUGUUCUCUAGCGGUGACCGUCAAGUACUUUAUUCUUCGUGUUAUACUUGACAAGAUGGCUCCUUCACAGCUUCGCGAAGAAACUGGGAUCGGAAAUACUCCUUACCACGUUUGCUGAAGGCCACGACCUUGUUCCAGUAAAUGCCGAGUCAAUCAUCUCUUAGGAUUGAAACUUCUGUUGCGGUUGCAGGACCACAGGCUUUCACGUUUACACUCCACAUAGGUGAUUCCGGUAGGAAAUAUUGAUCUAAAAACAGAUUUUCAGGUAAUGACCUAAAAUGCUAAUGUCGCGACGAUAACACACUCUAACUGCGAUGCAUACAAUCGGAUCGGAUCAUCGGUUGUGGAUUAUGGCCAGAAUCUCGGACGAACGAACCGAGUAUUUCUGGACAAAUUCCACUUUGCCGCCGGAGUGGGAUGUACUGUACCUGUCACUCCCUCUGCAGACGUCUUCUGAACAUACAGUAUAUGAUUGAGUUCGGAUUUGGGGAACUCGUACUUACAUCAUCGGCUCCUGCAAUCUGUAUACCGGGCCUCGACUGGAAUAGCACGCUCGUUUGUCUGUCAUCGCAAGAAAACCGUACUGGAUAGGGAUAUUCUCCUCCCAACCUGAACCACUGUCAGCAUGGUAUAACCUGGAAGCUGUACCUGUCGCCUGCGUUAUCCCCUUGCUCGUCGCUAGUACGACUCUAUCGGAACCUUGCAUGUACCUUCCUCCCGACUUUUCCCACCCUUGCUUCUCAUCAGGACCGUAUCGCUCGGCAUCGACUUCCAGGCCCUGUAGUCGCCGUUUUCAAAGCACCAUCUUCAGAAGCCUUCACGGUGCCGACACUAAAUUAGCAGCAACAUAUUGUAUAUAAGGACAACGCUGGCAAAUGGCUUCAUUAGCUCUACACCGACGUCUCGCCACUUGAAGCAUUAACAGCAAUAUCCUCUAUUCCUCACCAUGAUUGUACCUCUUACUGCUGCACUCACGGCUUUCUCCUUGCUCAUCAUAUCAUUUGUGCAAGCCGC